UCCGCACAGAGACCAGAUAUCGGCAGGCUGUCUCCGAGAAUGAGGCUUCAAGGAGUCCUGUUUCUAGUUCUUACUGUUCUCGCUGUGGUGCGCUGCAGUAGGCCGUGCCGUACCAGCCGUUGCAAGAAAGAAGCGGAGUAUUUACGGAGUUCCUUAAGGCUGACUGAAGACCCGUGCCAGGAUUUCUACGCUUUCGCUUGUGGCAGUUUCAGGACCAUCAACCUCAUGCUGAAUGGACCCAAGAGCUGGGGCCCAUUUGAAAUAGCCGACAACGCCACGGCAUAUGCCAUUAGAUCGAUUCUCUCAUCUCCUGCGAAACGCACCGAUCCCGGGGCCCUGAGGAAAACCAAGCUCAUGUACACUGCUUGUGUGGAUAAUGAGACAAGAGAGGAGCGAGGGCUCCAGCCACUGUUGCGCGUCAUCAAGGCUCUGGGCGGAUGGCCCCUCAUUUCGGACAAAUGGAACGGUAGCGUCACCUGGGGUCACGUGGCCCACGUGAUGGCGCAGUAUGGGAUUCCUCUUUUCUUCGACGUCAGUGUUGAGCCCCACCCUUCGAACAUGUCGCUGAACCUCAUUCACCUAAACCCACCCAGCUUACCAAUGCCCGUCCCACUGCAUUGGUCACCAUGGCUGCGGAAACGUGAGAUAGACACGCUGACGAAACGUGGCAACAAGGACGAAAUUCUGCGCUAUCUGGUGGACGUGGCGAUGGAACUGCGUAACCACGAGGGCUCAACGCAUGCGCACAGGAGCCGUAUCAAGAAAGAGCUGUUGGAUGUCGUGAAUCUGGCACAAAAUCUGCAGGAGAAGUUCGUGGUGCUGAUGUUUACGGACGCGUCAGAUGACACAAUUCCCAUCAGCUCUCUGGACAACAACAAUGGCGAGAUCGACUGGCUCUACUUCCUGCAGACCGUGUUCAGGGACUCGGGGGUCAAUGUGACGUCACAGCAUCACGUGUAUAUAGGCAGCCAUACUUACAUCAGAUAUAUCCUUCACCUCUUCAAGAAUUCUGACAGCAGACUGCUGGCUAAUUACAUUGUCAGCCGCUUGGUGAUGUUCCUGGCUCCAGAGACUACGGAACGCAUGCGCGGCUUCCUCAUACGCUUGUACCAGAGAUUGGAGUUAAUCCCAGACGAUUAUCCUAGUUGGCAGUACUGUAUCAACAGAGUACAUGACUACCCUAACAUCGGCCUCGGAGCCGCUACAGCGCAUGCGUACCGGAAACGCCACUUCCACUCUGAAGACAUGCGUCGCGUGAUGCAGUUAGUGGAAGACCUCCGAGCUGCAACCCGUGAGCUUCUGCACGAGAAUGACUGGGUCGACGAGGAAACCAAGCGUCUGGUGAUCGAGAAGACAGACGCCAUGUUGGUGCUGGCAGGUGUCCCGGACUGGGUGUCCAACGUCUCAGCCCUGGACCUUCACUACAACAAGCUUAUCAUCCAUCGCGAUGACCAUUUCGGCAACGUCAAGAGAAUGCGUUCUUUCUUGCAAGCAUCAAACUUGGCAACGCUGGACAGCAGAGAAGAUCCUAAGCUUAAGUGGAAUUCUUCGCCGUUCCUUGUCAACGCUUUCUACGACUUAGGUAGAAAUAGCAUCACACUCCCUGCCGGUAUAAUGCAGCAUCCGUUCUACUCGGGGCAGGACAAUGAACCUGCGCCGCCAUGUCGCAAGAAUGCAGACAGAAGGAAGGGCAGGAGAAACACAAAUCCGUUGCCGCGUGCAAGGAAACGUCGCUACACGAAGGAGUCCAUUCUCUUGGCACUGGACUACGGACGUUUCGGUUCAAUUGUCGGCCAUGAGAUAACUCACGGAUUUGACGAGAGCGGACAUCUGUAUGGCAGGGGAGGGGAGCCGAAGAAACAGUGGAGCCAACGCAUGGAGCGACUGUUUGUCAAGAAGUCCCUCUGCUUCAGCAAGCAGUACAACCGGCACAACAUGUUCCUGUUUGACACUCUGGAUGAGGACAUAGCUGACAACGGAGGCCUGCGCAAGGCGUACCGAGCCUUCAGGAGAGCCUGGCCGCGUGCGGGCCUGAAUGCGACGUUGCCGAACCUGACGAGCUUCACGCCGGAUCAGCUCUUCUUCCUCGGAUAUGCAACAAUUUGGUGUCACUCUGGUGAUGAGUUCUCACCCGAUGAGCACAGUCCACACCGGGACCGCGUGAUGAAACCUCUCUCUAACAUGAAGGAGUUCAGCGAGGCAUGGAACUGCACCGUGGACUCUCCAAUGAACCCACGGACCAAGUGUGUGCUGUGGUAACCGUGACUAGCCCUCGGCUUCUCUUCAUGCUGCCAGCGUGCCGGCCAAGUAUGAUAGCCAUGAUGUAGCAACAUAAUGUAACCUGUGUAGCCUCAACCACAAGCUUGCAGCGUAUGUCAGAGAUCAAGUGAGAGCACGCGUAACACACUGAUGCACUGAAACAGUUCCCUGCUUUCUUGCAUGGCGUCCUGAGGUUCGCAUUUGGAUAAGAACAUGAAUUUUUGGCAUAGGCUGCCAUAAUCACACAGAAGCCCUCCUGUUAACGUCCAUUUUAUGGAUACAAAUGAUUAAGGCUCAAAAGAUGUCAAAAACGAAAUGAGAUCGAGGGUGCGUGAUUAAUACUAAUGGAUGUAUUGCAACUUGAAGUGGCGACAUUACUAUUGCUAACAGAUAUUACUAAAUGUAUAGAAAUAAACUAAUAUUAUACAUAU